AUGGUCCAAGUCUACGCGCGCGACGGAGAUGGAGGACAAGGGACCAAAGAUGCACUCCGUGCGCGCUCACCCAGACACGAGCACGGUGGCCUCCCACCAACGAUACCAGGCGGAGCCCACGCAAUACAUCGACCACAUGGAGCUCACACGUUCGUUGCGGUGCAUGGCAUGACGGGCGAGGCUAGAGUCUUGGGCAGACCUCGCGGAGCUGCUUCGCCUGAGAUUCGGAGGAGAUCAGUAGCGGCAAUGCCCCGCCGCAAGAGUCGAGAGUCGGACCAGUCCAAAGCGGUCAAGGCGGUUGAUUUAGGAUCUGCUCAGCUAGCCGCAAUAGCACCGAGUGCCUUUGAGAUGUCACCAGAGCCUACGGCAUCUCUUCUGGACAAAAGCGCUGACGUCACUUCGGGUGAUUCUCGUAAAGGUGUUUCGAAGGGCGAGGGCGAGGGCGAGAGCAACACGGCGCAGUCCGCAUCGCCAGGCUUCAAGUUUGUCAACCUUCCAGCGCAUCUCCGAGAGCGCGAUCCGGACAUGGACUUGAUCGGUCCAGCGGGAGGUCAUCCGCUUGCAGCGGCUCAAUCGCAAAUGGGGCAGAGAAGCGCCGAGGUGAGACGUUUGCUAUUAGCGGCUGCGAAGCGCGGCAUCUACUUUGAUGAACACGGACGAGCCAUCAGGACUCCCGAUGGCCAAAUAUUCCCGAGCGAUGUGCGGCAUCAUGCUGGCGCCCCAUCUUCGCCGCCGGUCACCGGCGCGCAACAUACAAUUCCAUUUGGCCAGAGCGCUCAAGACUUGUACUCAGAUUCGCCGCUUCCAGUCGAUGGCCACCUUACCUUCAAGGAGCCCGAGGGAUAUGCUCUGUCGCGAGACUUUAUUCACGACGUGCCCUACGCCGCUGACCUUCCAGCUGUGGGUAGCGAUUACUCUUGCGAGAGUGGCUGCGACGGCCAUCAUCACGGACACGACUACGACCACGAUGACUACGAGAGGAGCAACGAUAGAGACAGCGAAGGAUAUAGAUUCGAUGCCGACGACUUCGACCCUGAUGAUGGUGAUCAUAGUGGGAUCGAAGGUGACCCGCACAGCCCGUGGGACGACGGCAUUCGACAUAGAGGAACCGCAAAGAAGCGCAAGAGUACUAGACAUGCAACUUCCAACGAGGACAGAGGUCAUGCGGGUUCAGCCAACUUUUGCGAUCAUGGACACCCUCUUGAUAGGGCUGGUCGUCAUCUCCAUCAAGGGCGACAUGCGCACGGAGAUGUAGGAGGAUAUGUCUCAUCACUCGAUGAAAGCAGAGGCGAUAGACAACGGGACCUGGAGGUCGAGUUGGCUGAUCAUCCGGCUAGGGCCCCCAAACCUCGCAUCCCCAUGUCUCGUCUUGCUUUGCUUCAGAAAAGAUGGUCAAUCAAUUCUAGAUUGCGGAUGCGACGCUACUUCAAGGAGAAGGAGGCGACAGAAGCCGCUGAGAUUGCUACCAAGAACGCCGCAAAAGAUCCAACUGGGGCUUUGAAGGGUGCGGUCGCUUUAGCACAGGACAAAGAGAAGAAGGCGCCCACCAAGAAGCUAAAUAAGGCCGAGAGGCGUGCUGCUGCGCAGGGCAAAGCGGGCACGAGUUUGGCAGCGCUGAGAGCUAAAGUCGCUGCCUCAAAGGGACAAAUGGCUUCGACUGACGUUCACAAUGUGCCUUCCUCGUCUCAGGCUGCACCCUCAAAUGCAGAGCAGCAAGACGUCAUUGAUGCUGAAGCUGAUUCUGCCAAGGCGAUGGCACAGCAGGACGUGAAACCAUCGCCGCCCGUUGCACCUCCUUUUGUGCCACCGAGCACGUCUUUCACCUUUGCAAGACCAUCGCCCAUCGUGCACCGCAUCGAGGCGAUGAGGACAAGGCUCGCAGAACUCAAUGCGCAGCUCGACGAUUCGUACGGUGCUGUGGCGGCCGCGACCAAGGCCUUAGAAGAUAUGGAUCUGGCAGAGAAGAAUCAGCGAAAGACGAGCGCACAAACACGACCACAGGUCCAGGCGCCUGUACCCAGCGGUAAGGUAGUCUCGACAGCCACAGAAACCCAGGCAGGCAUCGCAAGCACGCUCAAGCCCGCUGCAACAAGCAUGGCACCACCUACUGCCCCGCCUCCGGAACCGCAACCCAGACGACCCAUCUCGACUGCACCUGAUACCUCUCCGCCAACUCCGCACCAAACGCCUGUACCUAAAUUAUCCAGACGCAAGAAGGCUGUCAUGUCGAACGUGCAUCAUCGCUCGAAUUAUGUCCCAUCUCGACUUCCCUCCGAACCGCUUCAGACCUCCUCUGCGCAUGGCCAGUCACCCUCGUACGGGUACGCUACUUCGCCUAGCCAUCAUUUUGGUCAGCAUGGCGGAGACGCGAACGCUCGCCCAACAUCUCCAGGACUGGAUCAUCCCACCGCAACGUCUAAGCUGUUCGACGAGUGGAUGUGCGUAUUUUGCGAGUACGAGAUGCUCUAUGGCGAAGAACCUUUGAUGCUGCGCGCAGCGCGCAGGCGGGUCAAACUUCAAAGAAAGAGGGACAAGGCCAAAGAAAGGGCUCAUCGAGCUGCUCAGGGACUACCCCUUCUAGCUAAAGGCAAAGGAAAGAAGCUCACCAGCUCGGAUAGACACGAUGAGGAUGGGGCUUCAUGGGAUGGGAUCUGCACAUGUGGGCGAGAGCAUAAUCACUGA